CCAUUUUACGAUCCGGAUUUAUAUACGACAACACCAGUUUAAAGACUACUCUGCCCUGACAAGUGUUGUGAUUAACUAGCCAGUUGGGCCAUUAGCAGGCCUGACACCCACCAGCAGGACGCCAUGAAGCUGCAGCAAUACACUGAGAUACAGAAAACCAUUAAUGAUAUCUACAGCAAUGGCGAGGGGAAUGUUGUGGCGGCGCUGCUCAAGAAGUUCCCGGACAUUAAGAAGACAACCCUGGGCAGCAUUUGCACUCAGGAGAUUCAGCGCAAGGUGAAGAAAAGCUACCAUCGCUUGAACACACCAGAGAAGACACUGGAGAUAUUCAAGAGCUACACAACACGGGUAGAGGAGGGGGAGGCGCCAGGGGUUCUGGUGAGGAUGGCUCAAGAACUGGACUACAGCCCUGCCAUGCUGGCCAAGCUGGUCCUGGAACACCACCUGAAGACCACCUGUCCAGAUGUUAACAUCAACAAGUCCCAGAUCAACAGCCUUCUGCGGGACACAACACUCAUUGAUGACCGGGACCUGAGCUAUGAGGUGUACCUGUGCCUGUUGGAGGAUGAUGUGUACGGACCGUUCGCAGACAGCAUAAAGCAUUCCAUUGGUCAAGAAUAUGAGUUCCUGCUUUGCCAAGAACUGGAUAAACUCAAUAUUGUUUACCACGAUGAAGGUGAACUGCGCUCCCGAGGCUAUGACAAGACUCCCGACAUAAAGCUGGACAUUCCCAUUGCGGUGGAUGGACAUGUUAUCAACUGGAUAGAGAGCAAGGCGUCUUUUGGGGAUGAGGAGAGUCACCGCACAUACCUCAAGGAUCAGUUUUGGAGUUACUGGAACAGGUUUGGCCCCGGGCUGGUCAUCUACUGGUUUGGCUUCAUAGAGGAGCUGGAUGAGCACCGUGAAAAAGGCAUCAUGCUCCGAGACUCCUUUCCAAGCUCCAUCACCUUCAUGGAUCCUCUCUCUGUGAACUAAUACUUCUAUCGAUCCUCUCCUCCACCAUCAUUUCAUCUACAUUCACCAUUAAUUCACAGCUACAUCUAUCUUCACCAUCAUCUUCAUUUUUCAGUAACUGUAUUCCUCCAUCACUUACUCCAUAUCACCAAUCAUCUCUGACCUCUGACAGCCUCAUCAUUUCACUCACCACCAUUACUGCCAUCACCACCCCCACCAACUCCUCUGUGACGGAUUCAGGAAGGAGAUUCUACGUGGAAAUGGUGAUCAUUAAACUAAGCAGAUCCAGAGGAAGUGAUAGAUAUUGACUGUGAGCAAAUGUUACUUGGUCACCAAGGCAGUGAGGGAAAAGUGAUGCUGAAAUCCAGAGAAAAAAAGUGUUUCAUAAAGAAGACAGUGACAGUGAGACAGUGAGUGAAGACUGGGUGCAAGAUUAGAGUGAGUGGCAGGGAACAUGUGUGAAAAGAAGUAGGUGUUGGUAAAGACAAAUGAGAGAAAAAAAUGUUAGGAAUAUGUAUCUCCCUAGAUUUUUUAUAAACAGGACAUGAUAAUGAAGUUUAACACACAGUUAUGAAUCUGGACAAUAGACAGAAUAGUUGUACAAGCUGGGACCAGUGAUAAUAGACAUGGUACAGUCAUGGCUAAUCAAGUAACACAGCUCUCACUUCCACUGUGUUUAGCAUUCUCCCUCAGUCUUAGGUCCUCCAAUCUACUAAUCUACCUAUUGUCAUUUUUAAGGGAAACAGUUAGCAGAUCAAAGGGCUCGAGUGAGAGGAAAUUUGAAACAGCGGAAGUGAGUGCAAAAGGUUACUUGAUUUCUGAGCACCACUGAAGCUAAUACCUGACUGACACUGUAGGAUAGGAAUAGGACAUAUGUUAGUGGAAAUGGUAAAGAACAAAAUGAGCGAGUAAGAAUGAAGUGGUAAAUAUAAGCUCUUGUAGUGUUCAUAAUGUAAAGAAUGAGGUAUUUUGAGUGAGUUCCUGACAAAAUGGUUAUAAUUCUUUGUGAGUACUGAAGAGGAAGUGUGCUUGUCUCUAGUCUAAACUUUGCAGCACUUACAGGAAUAAAAAUAAAGGUAAUACAGACAG